AAUGCUCGUAGAUGCUCACGGUAAGUACUCGAGGUAGAUAUACCUCAUUAUCAUUGCAGCGGUUUGUUUGACCAUCAAUGAUCAUUAACUCGAUUUGUCGUGGAUAUGAACAGCUCUGGAGAUCGAUACGUGACUCUUUCUCUACGCGGAUAUCUCUAAUAGUCGUUCAAUCAACGCAUUCUUAACCAGUUCUAAAGAAAAACGUGUCAGAAGGACGAUAAACACUAGUUAACAUUUACGUGAUUAUGGAUUUCGAAACGAUUGAGAAUCAGUACCUCGCUGAUAAUAAAUUUUAUGGGCAGCUGAUCGGUGUCUGGCCUGGUCAGAAAAAACUUGCCAAAUAUAGCAUACGAUUAUUCAUAUUUAUUGUCGUGAUGGCUGCCAAUAUUGCGCAGAUAUUGCAGGUGGUACUAUUCUUCAGCGUGGACAUAUUGACAGAUCAGCUACUAUUUCUGAUGUUGGGGUUCGGCUUAUUCUUGAAACAAUAUAAUUAUGUCCUGAACGAAAACAUACUGAAGGAACUUUUGAACGGCAUUGUGUAUGAUCGAAUGAUCGAACGACCACAGGAGGAGUUAAAGAUUUUGGACGUGCAUAGCAAAAGAGCGAUACUCUUCACAAUUGUUUACAAAACUGCAGCAGUGUCAACCGUUUUAAUAAUGGUUCUUUUACCAACUGUACCACCCAUUCUAGAUAUUAUCAGGCCCCUAAACGUAUCAAGGGAACGAGUGACUAUCUAUCCGGCCUACUAUUUCGUAGAUACUCAAGAAUAUUAUUAUCUGAUACUAGGUCACAUGCUAAUUUGCUCUUUUAUACUAUCUAUGGUAUUUAUAGCGUGCGAUAUCAAUUUGGUCCACGUUGUUCAACACGGUUGCGCCUUGCUGGCCAUAAGCGGGUACCGUCUCAAACACGCGAUGGACGGAGUAGAUUUCCUGGACGAAAAAUUCACCGGUGGGAUGAGUGACAAAAGUUUCGCGAAAGUGACCCAAGCGAUCAUAUCCCACAAAAGAGCCGACGAGUACGUAAAGAACAUAGACAUCUGUCAUAUAUAUUACUUGGCCAUCGUUAUCAUAAUGAUAACCGUGGCAUUCACGGCUACUUUCGUAAAGUUGACGACACUUGAGAUGGGAACGCAGUACCUAACAUACGUCAUUUUCGUCAUCGGUGAAUUAAUUCACGUCUUGUUCCUAACGAUCAUGGGACAGUUCACCUCAGACAGGAGCGACGAGGUCUUCCAGAAAACAUGCGAGGCACAGUGGUACAACGGCUCGGUAAGGACGCAAGCAUUGUAUGUGUUGGUGCUACGAAAAAACCUGAAUCCACAAAAAUUAACGGGCGGGGGAUUGUUCCCACUAAAUUUGGACAUCUUUAUACAAAUACUGAAAGCAUCGUUCUCGUACUACACAGUAUUGAAGACUGCGUGAGAAGCGAUGGUAGUUGAAAUCACAAUGUUAACAUUGCACUAUUGUUUGGUUAGUGUUACCACUGUUGUUGACCACUGAUAUUGUUGAUGCUCCUCAAUAUUGACAUGCAAUAUUAAC